UGUGUUCAAGUGAAAGCCAACAUUUACAAAUUGUCAGUGGCGAGCCAGACCUGUCAACGAGUUAUGAGCGUGGAGCGUAUAUUCGAUGAGUUUGGACACUUCAAAAGGUUCCAGGCAUGUCUGUACUUUGCUGCUGUCUUCCAGGCCAUAGCCUGUGGAAUCCACUACCUGGCCUCCGUGUUCCUCGUGGAGAGGCCAAACUUUGUCUGUGCUCCGCCAGGUAACAUCACUGACGUCCUGUAUGGGAACCACACUGGUGCUUCCCUGGAGGAGGUGCUACCAUUCUUCAAACCGGCGAACGGACCCAUGGUCGUCCGAACGGCUGUGGGCCAACAGUGGGAGCUUAGCACCUGCCAGCGCACUCAGCGGAUGAACCCCACAGACUUUACCUACGAGCAGGUCGUCAACAGGACGACGGAAAAGUGUGACGGGAACUACCAUUACGUGUACGACCACAGUGAGGUGUAUCAGAGCAUCGUGACGGACUGGGACCUGGUGUGUGACAGGGAAUGGCUGGCCAAGCUGUGUCAGCCCACGUUUAUGAUGGGGGUGCUGGUCGGAGCACUGGUGUUCGGGGACAUCGCUGAUAGGGUUGGCAGACGGAGGAUCCUAAUGAUCACCAGCCUCUGCCAGUUUGUGUUUGGUGUAAGCGUGGCAUUCACGGGAAACUACUACCUAUUUAUGGUCAUCCGCUUCCUGCUCGCCAUGGUGUCCAGCGGCUACCUUGUGGUGGUGUUUGUGUACGUGACCGAGUUCACCGGCAACAAGGUACGCACGUGGACCUCCAUGCACGUGCACGCCGCCUUCGCGGCAGGCGUCAUGAUGGUGGCGAUCACGGGCUACCUAGUGCGUACCUGGUGGAUCUACCAAAUCAUCCUCUCCACCUGCACCUCGCCCUUUCUCUUCUUCUGCUGGAAGUUUCCAGAGACACCCUUCUACCUGAUGGCUAAGGGGAGGCUCCAGGAGACCCAGGUCCUGUUGGAUUCCAUAGCCCGCUUCAACGGCCUGGAGCCUGGCCGCCUGAGGGCCGAGGACCUCCUGGAACCCAUGGAGGCUCUGCUGGAGAAGGAGGUGGUACCGGGAAGAGCCCAGCCAGUGGAGCCCGAGAGAAAGCUGAGCAUCCUGGACCUGUUUGGGACAUGGAGGAUGACCUGGAGGACAGUGACAGUGUGGGCAGUGUGGUUCAUUGGCAGCUUGGGCUACUACGUCUUCUCCCUGGGCUCGGUCAACCUGGGUGGCAACCAAUACAUCAACCUCUUCCUGGCUGGUGCAGUGGAGUUCCCUUCCUACCUGAUUGGUUGUUAUGCGAUGGACCGGGUGGGCAGGAGGAGGACAUGUGCCCCAGCUCUGCUGCUGGCUGGAACAGCCUGCAUGCUCAUCAUUGUGGUGCCAAAUGACAUUGAGGUGUUAGUCAUCAUCCUCAGUAUGACAGGGAAGUUUGCCAUUGCCAUAGCCUUUGGUCUCAUCUACCUCUACACCUGUGAGCUCUACCCAACUAUCAUCAGGUCCCUGGCGGUGGGCAGUGGCAGUAUGAUGUGUCGUGUGGGCAGCAUCGUGGCUCCUUUCUGUGUCUACCUAGCUGACAUCUGGCAAUACCUACCACAGCUGAUUGUGGGGAUCCUGGCGUUUAUAAUUGGUGUUCUGACCCUGUUGUUACCAGAGACCCUGGGUGAGCCCUUGACCAGCACCAUGGAGGAGGCUGAGGCUCUAGGCAGGAAGAGUAGCCCUGAUCAGGGAAAGAAAGACCCUGAGGAGGGGGUGGAGAUGAACUAGAUCCAGAGCAACUAGUUGGACGGCAAGCCCUGAGGGAUACACCUCACCACCAACCAGAGAGAAGGAGGUGGCCAGGGAUAGAGAGGGGGUAGGAAGUGGAGGAGAGAGAGAAGGAGAGAGACUACUGGAAGCGAUGCCAAGAAACCAACAAAACAAACAACCGCAAAAACAAACAACAUCGAAUUUGGAACCUUAGUAGAACUUUUUGUAAUAAAGUGUUUUUUUUUACAUUUGUUCUGCAAAGUGGCCAAUUUCAGAGCUGUUAUGCUCUGGUUGAGCCAACCAACCGCAGCCAACCUCAGUUCCUUGGCUGCAGCUGUUCAGACAGAGACAGAGGGAAGUGAAGUGAAGGCCCUUUAUUCAUCACAUCUCAGUCUCCUGAUGAGAGCCACAUGAAACUGAGCCUCAUGUUCGACAUUCACAUCACAUGUGCCUUCCAAUCACAACCAUUAAUGAAUGUGUGCGCGAGAGAUUGAGAGUGAGAAAGAAAGAGUGUGCAGGUUCUAUGAAGGAAGUGUAUGUGCAUGCAUGUGUGCGUGCAUGCCCGUGUGUGCGUGUGAAAUUUGACGUUUGACUGAGACUGUGAUUUAGUUACCUCUCUUCAGCCCGAUGAUCAUCUAGUGCAGCUGAUUUUGGAUAUGUGUUACUAACAAUGCUGUUGUUAUGUCAUUUAAAGUGUACUUUGUCUAUCUGAAGUCCAGUCCACACACACACACACACACACACACACACACACACACACACACACACACACACACACACACACACACACACACACACACACACACA